UGCGAACUUUUUAGUUUGCACGUGCAGGUUUUGUUUCGUUUUGUUUUCAUCGCCUUGAACAACUUGCCUAGACCGAGAGUCAGAGUAACGGGAAUUUAGGGAAAUAGCAACAUUUUAAAGAGAACUUCAGAAUUGGAUACUUGUGUUCAUAUCACCUGUCACAACAACGCAGAUAUUAUAAAUGAAUAUAUGCCUCAUUCAUUCUAGAAAUAGUGAAAAUGUAGGGGCUGAUUAAAUGCAGGCAGUUUUAGUGGUAUUGAAGAAAAAGCAUAUGAUGAGUUAAUGAAAUGCGGCACUAAAAUGAUGCAAAAAUUUUGGAAUUCUGUCUCAUUUUUCUGAAAUUGAAGUAUAUUAAAGAAAAACCUUCAACAUAGCCAAAGUAAAUAAUCACUCGGUUAGAACUGAAUCCGAGUUUUAUAAAUCACCUUGAAGUUGGAGUCAAAGGGGUACAUUAGAGAUUAAAAAUUGUGAUUUGGACCAGUGGUAUUAAGAGCGAACUUAUCCCUCCACACACACACACACACACACACACACACAAUUUUGUCCACUUUGGUAUUUAAACUUUUAAGGAAAUCAUUUUAAGGAAUUGAAGAUUUAGAGUAAGAGUUUUGGUUAGUAGACUGGCUUUGCUGGUAAAUCCUUCCCCUCUUCUGGGAGAGAGAUUAAUUUCCCUAAUCAGUAUCAGCAGAAGAUAAACUUGUUUAUAUUCUUGCUGUUUUGUAGAUCCCUUCUCCUGGUCCUUCUUCAGUAGAAUGUUAAAUUUUCAGUUUGUAUACACCAGAGAAGGCACUUACAAAAUUCAAAAAGUGAGCGAACAGGUCUAGAUUAAUUUCAAGAGUUACCAGGAAUUGAUUGCAGUUUAUUUUGCGGAAGUGAUUACAGUGCCUUUGAUGAAAUGAUGAAGCUGCUAUAUUGUAAACCUAAGGCAGAUUACCUCUGUAUAGUGCCAAUUUUCUGUCCUUAUUAUAUAUUGAACCAUACUUAAUACAAUGCAUUAAAUUAUGCACCAAUCACUUCCUUUUUAUAUACAGUAUUGAACUCAUUUCUUUGCCAUUCAUCAGUUCAGAAUAUCAGAAGCAGCUUUGAAAUGAGUGAAUAAAUAAAUUAGCUACUGUUCAUCAGCUCCAAUUCUAAAUGAGUUCUUAGAUUUUCCUCAGCCCAUCUGUUACUUUCAAAAUGUUCUCAUUUGAAAAGUUAGAAUCUUGGAUUGGAUGGACUCACAUUUCUUAAUAUAGAAGUUCUUGAUAUAACUGAGAAAUUAAGUUAAACACUUAGUAAGUGGUGGUUACUCAGCACUUUUAGAUGCUGUUUAUAAUAGAUGACCUUUUCUAACUAAUUUAGUUUUUUUAAAGAUAAUGGAGGUUGGGGAUGGGGAUUUUCUUCUUGCAGUUUUUUUUUGUUUUGUUUUUGUUUUUUCAUUUGAAAUGAGCUCCCAAUGUUGGAGUUUGGGAUACAAAUUUGUCUUUUUAAGGGAAGGUCUAGAAAACUCAAAACCUGGAGAACUGGAAGAAAUCAGAAUAGAAAAUGGUAGGAUAAGUUCUGAACGUCGAAAAGAAAAGUCUCGAGAUGCAGCCAGAUCUCGGCGAAGUAAAGAAUCUGAAGUUUUUUAUGAGCUUGCUCAUCAGUUGCCACUUCCACAUAAUGUGAGCUCACAUCUUGAUAAGGCUUCUGUUAUGAGACUUACCAUCAGCUAUUUGCGUGUGAGGAAACUGCUGGAUGCUGGUGAUUUGGAUAUUGAAGAUGAAAUGAAAGCACAAAUGAAUUGCUUUUAUUUGAAAGCCUUGGAUGGUUUUGUUAUGGUUCUCACAGAUGAUGGUGACAUGAUUUACAUUUCCGAUAAUGUGAACAAAUAUAUGGGAUUAACUCAGUUUGAACUCACUGGACACAGUGUGUUUGAUUUUACUCAUCCAUGUGACCAUGAGGAAAUGAGAGAAAUGCUUACACACAGAAAUGGCCCUGUGAAAAAGGGUAAAGAACAAAACACACAGCGAAGCUUUUUUCUCAGAAUGAAGUGUACCUUAACUAGCCGAGGGAGAACUAUGAACAUAAAGUCUGCAACAUGGAAGGUAUUACACUGCACAGGCCAUAUUCAUGUAUAUGAUACCAACAGUAACCAACCUCAGUGUGGGUAUAAGAAACCACCUAUGACCUGUUUGGUGCUGAUUUGUGAACCCAUUCCUCACCCAUCAAAUAUUGAAAUUCCUUUAGAUAGCAAGACUUUUCUCAGUCGACACAGCCUGGACAUGAAAUUUUCUUAUUGUGAUGAAAGAAUUACCGAAUUGAUGGGAUAUGAGCCAGAAGAACUUUUAGGCCGCUCAAUUUAUGAAUAUUAUCAUGCUUUAGACUCUGAUCAUCUGACCAAAACUCAUCAUGAUAUGUUUACUAAAGGACAAGUCACCACAGGACAGUACAGGAUGCUUGCCAAAAGAGGUGGAUAUGUCUGGGUUGAAACUCAAGCAACUGUCAUAUAUAACACCAAGAACUCUCAACCACAGUGCAUUGUGUGUGUAAAUUAUGUUGUGAGUGGUAUUAUUCAGCACGACUUGAUUUUCUCCCUUCAACAAACAGAAUGUGUCCUUAAACCGGUUGAAUCUUCAGAUAUGAAAAUGACUCAGCUAUUCACCAAAGUUGAAUCAGAAGAUACAAGUAGCCUCUUUGAUAAACUUAAGAAGGAACCUGAUGCUUUAACUUUGCUGGCCCCAGCUGCUGGAGACACAAUCAUAUCUUUAGAUUUUGGCAGCAAUGACACAGAAACUGAUGACCAGCAACUUGAGGAAGUACCAUUGUAUAAUGAUGUAAUGCUCCCCUCAUCCAAUGAAAAAUUACAGAAUAUCAAUUUGUCAAUGUCUCCAUUAGCCACCUCUGAAACUCCAAAGCCACUUCGAAGUAGUGCUGACCCUGCACUGAAUCAAGAAGUUGCAUUAAAAUUAGAACCAAAUCCAGAGUCACUGGAACUUUCUUUUACCAUGCCCCAGAUUCAGGAUCAGCCACCCAGUCCUUCUGAUGGAAGCACUAGACAAAGUUCACCUGAGCCUAACAGUCCCAGUGAAUAUUGUUUUUAUGUGGAUAGUGAUAUGGUCAACGAAUUCAAGUUGGAAUUGGUAGAAAAGCUUUUUGCCGAAGACACAGAAGCGAAGAACCCAUUUUCUACUCAGGACACCGAUUUAGACUUGGAGAUGUUAGCUCCCUAUAUCCCAAUGGAUGAUGACUUUCAGUUACGUUCCUUCGAUCAGUUGUCACCGUUAGAAAGCAGUUCUGCAAGCCCUGAAAGUGCAAGCCCUCAAAGCACAGUUACCGUAUUCCAGCAGACUCAGAUACAAGAACUUACUGCUAAUGCCACCACUACCACUACUGAUGAAUUAAAAACAGUGACAAAAGACCGUAUGGAAGACAUUAAAAUAUUGAUUGCAUCUCCAUCUCCUACCCACAUACAUAAAGAAACUACUAGUGCCACAUCAUCACCAUAUAGAGAUACUCAAAGUCGGACAGCCUCACCAAACAGAGCAGGAAAAGGAGUCAUAGAACAGACAGAAAAGUCUCAUCCAAGAAGCCCUAACGUGUUAUCUGUCGCUUUGAGUCAAAGAACUACAGUUCCUGAGGAAGAACUAAAUCCAAAGAUUCUAGCUUUGCAGAAUGCUCAGAGAAAGCGAAAAAUUGAACAUGAUGGUUCGCUUUUACAAGCAGUAGGAAUUGGAACAUUAUUACAGCAGCCAGAUGAUCAUGCAACUACUACAUCACUUUCUUGGAAACGUGUAAAAGGAUGCAAAUCUAGUGAACAGAAUGGAAUGGAGCAAAAGACAAUUAUUUUAAUACCCUCUGAUUUAGCAUGUAGACUGCUGGGGCAAUCAAUGGAUGAAAGUGGAUUACCACAGCUGACCAGUUAUGAUUGUGAAGUUAAUGCUCCUAUACAAGGCAGCAGAAACCUACUGCAGGGUGAAGAAUUACUCAGAGCUUUGGAUCAAGUUAACUGAGCUUUUUCAUAAUUUCAUUCCUUUUUUUGGACACUGGUGGCUCAUUACCUAAAGCAGUCUAUUUAUAUUUUCUACAUCUAAUUUUAGAAGCCUGGCUACAAUACUGCACAAACUUGGUUAGUUCAAUUUUGAUUCCCUUUCUACUUAAUUUACAUUAAUGCUCUUUUUUAGUAUGUUCUUUAAUGCUGGAUCACAGACAGCUCAUUUUCUCAGUUUUUUGGUAUUUAAACCAUUGCAUUGCAGUAGCAUCAUUUUUAAAAAUGCACCUUUUUAUUUAUUUAUUUUUGGCUAGGGAGUUUAUCCCUUUUUCGAAUUAUUUUUAAUAAGAUGCCAAUAUAAUUUUUGUAAGAAGGCAGUAACCUUUCAUCAUGAUCAUAGGCAGUGAAAAAAUUUUUACAUCUUUUUUUUCACAUUUUACAUAAACAAUAAUGCUUUGCCAGCAGUAAGUGGUAGCCACAAUUGCACAAUAUAUUUUCUUAAAAAAUACCAGCAGUUACUCAUGGAAUAUAUUCUGUGUUUAUAAAACUAGUUUUUAAGAAGAAAUUUUUUUGGGCCUAUGAAAUUGUUAAACCUGGAACAUGACAUUGUUAAUCAUGUAAUAAUGAUUCUUAAAUGCUGUAUGGUUUAUUAUUUAAAUGGGUAAAGCCAUUUACAUGAUAUAGAAAGAUAUGCAUAUAUCUAGAAGGUAUAUGGCAUUUAUUUGGGUAAAAUUCUCAAUUCAGAGAAAUCAUCUGAUGUUUCUAUAGUCACUUUGCCAGCUCAAAAGAAAAUACCCUAUGUAGUUGUGGAAGUUUAUGCUAAUAUUGUGUAACUGAUAUUAAACCUAAAUGUUCUGCCUACCCUGUUGGUAUAAAGAUAUUUUGAGCAGACUGUAAACAAGAAAAAAAAUCAUGCAUUCUUAGCAAAAUUGCCUAGUAUGUUAAUUUGCUCAAAAUACAAUGUUUGAUUUUAUGCACUUUGUCGCUAUUAACAUCCUUCUUUUUUCAUGUAGAUUUCAAUAAUUGAGUAAUUUUAGAAGCAUUAUUUUAGGAAUAUAUAGUUGUCACCGUAAAUAUCUUGUUUUUUCUAUGUGCAUUGUACAAAUUUUUCAUUCCUUUUGCUCUUUGUGGUUGGAUCUAACACUAACUGUAUUGUUUUGUUACAUCAAAUAAACAUCUUCUGUGGACCAGG